AUGAUACAUCUCUCACAACUCCUACAUCACCCACAACUCUACAUCUCUCACAACUCUACAUAUCCACAACUCUACACCUCCACAAUUCUACAUCUCCCACAACUCUACAUAUCCACAACUCUAUACCUCCACAAUUCUACAUCUCCCACAACUCUACAUAUCCACAACUCUACACCUCCACAAUUCUACAUCUCCCACAACUCUACAUAUCCACAACUCUAUACCUCCACAAUUCUACAUCUCCCACAAUUCUACAUCUCCCACAACUCUACAUCUCCACAACUCUAUACCUCUACAAUUCUACAUCUCCCACAACUCUACAUCUCCACAACUCUAUAUCUCCACAAAAUUCUACAUCUCCCACAACUCUACAUAUCCACAACUCUAUACCUACACAAUUCUACAUCUCCCACAAUUCUACAUCUCCCACAACUCUACAUAUCCACAACUCUAUACCUCCACAACUCUAUACCUCCACAAUUCUACAUCUCCCACAACUCUACAUCUCCACAACUCUAUACCUCCACAAUUCUACAUCUCCCACAACUCUACAUCUCCACAACUCUAUACCUCCCACAACUCUACAUCUCCACAACUCUAUACCUCCACAAAAUUCUACAUCUCCCACAACUCUACAUCUCCACAACUCUAUACCUCCCACAACUCUACAUCUCCACAACUCUAUACCUCUACAAUUCUACAUCUCCCACAACUCUACAUCUCCACAACUCUAUAUCUCCACAAAAUUCUACAUCUCCCACAACUCUACAUAUCCACAACUCUAUACCUACACAAUUCUACAUCUCCCACAAUUCUACAUCUCCCACAACUCUACAUAUCCACAACUCUAUACCUCCACAACUCUAUACCUCCACAACUCUAUACCUCCACAAUUCUACAUCUCCCACAACUCUACAUCUCCACAACUCUAUACCUCCACAAUUCUACAUCUCCCACAACUCUACAUCUCCCACAACUCUACAUCUCCACAACUCUAUAUCUCCACAAAAUUCUACAUCUCCAACAACUACACAACUCUCACAGCUCUACGUUUCCACAACUCUGCAUCUCUCACAACUCUACAUCUCCACAACUCUAUAUCUCCACAAAAUUCUACAUCUCCAACAACUACACAACUCUCACAGCUCUACGUUUCCACAACUCUGCAUCUCUCACAACUCUGUAUCUCCACAAGUCUAUAUCUCCACAAAAUUCUACAUCUCCCACAAUUCUACAUCUCCCACAACUCUACAUCUCCACAACUCUAUACCUCCACAAUUCUACAUCUCCCACAACUCUACAUCUCCACAACUCUACAUCUCCACAACUCUAUACCUCCACAAUUCUAUACCUCCACAAUUCUACAUCUCCCACAACUCUACAUCUCCCACAACUCUACAUCUCCACAACUCUAUACCUCCACAAUUCUACAUCUCCCACAACUCUACAUCUCCACAACUCUAUACCUCCACAAUUCUACAUCUCCCACAAUUCUACAUCUCCCACAACUCUACAUCUCCACAACUCUAUACCUCCACAAUUCUACAUCUCCCACAACUCUACAUCUCCACAACUCUAUACCUCCACAAUUCUACAUCUCCCACAACUCUACAUCUCCCACAACUCUACAUCUCCACAACUCUAUAUCUCCACAAAAUUCUACAUCUCCAACAACUACACAACUCUCACAGCUCUACGUUUCCACAACUCUGCAUCUCUCACAACUCCACACCUCCCACAAAUCUACGACCACAUGUAAGGUCGUAA